AUAGGGAGGAAGAGAUCAUUAAAUUCCAUCUCUUUAUCUUACCCGAAAGUGACAAUGAUUCAGAUUACACACCAAGCAAUGUUGAAGAUCAGAGCCCUCCAUUAACGUUAAUGCUAUCACAACUCAAAGAUUUUCACAAAUACUUCAUGGAUAUUAGUUCUUACAUCUGGAAAAUGCAUCGAAGAUACUCUUUUUGA